AUUUAUUCCACUUUUAUAAACAUUUAAAUUUUAGAUACAAAAUAUAAAUAAAUCAUUAGUAUAAUAAAACAUAUGUAAGAAAUUUAAACUUUAUAGUCGUAUAACUUGUUAAAAUUUAAAGAAACUUUAUAAUGGGCUAUUAUGCCAGCGGUGAUACACGAAAAAUAAUACAAACUUCUGAUGAUGAUGAAGGUUAUGAAAAUCAAUCAUCUUGUACUACAGUUCUAUCUGUUGGAAUAUUAAAUCAAUUAGAAGAUAGAAAUAAGCAAUACUUUAUAUUUGGAAUUUCUCAAGGAAUUGUAAGUUAUUAUUAUUAAAAAUAAUACAUUUUUAUUUAUAUGAUCUUAUAUUUAAGUCACCCACACCAACACCACCAAUAUCUGAUGACACUGAUCGACCAUUCUGGGCUGAAGAUGAAUUAAGUAGUUCAGAAUCAAAGCAGCAAUUAAACGAGAAACAGAAACGUCGGCGUAGUUUAUCUUAUC